CAGCUAAGCAGCCUAAGCUUGUGUCAGAAGGUGCUGCAGGUGGACAACGACGAACGUUGGUGGCACGGUGGUGCAAGGUGGUGCACGGUGGUGCUUACGGCCAUUGCCAAUUGAGUUAAUGUGACAAUGAAACUGAGCGUCAGCGCGUAUCGGGCGCAUGCAUCCGCACACAAGAAGAUCCUCUCCAGCGGCUAUCACUCGCAGCUCAACUACGGCAGCACUGGAGCCGCCGCAGCAUCCUCCUCCUCAUCGUCGGCAGCAGCGGCGGCCACUGCAACGGGCCUCUAUACGAUGGAGACGCACGAGCAUGGCGGCAAGUUUGCAAAGGAUAUGGCCAGAUUCGAUUGCAAUAGCGACACGGACGUCAUCAGCCCCACGGGCACGAGCAGCUCUGGCGGAGGAGGCGGCGGCGGAGGCGGUGGCGGUGGCGGUGGCGGUAGCAGCAAUGCCCCAGCGGAUGGCUCGCAUCACAAGCGCCACCACAAGAGCAGCGGCAGCGCAGCAGCAGCGGCAGCAGCAGCUGCUGCCAAAUUGGCCAACGAUGAUGACAAUAACAGUGCGGCGCACUCAUCGGAUAGCAAGAGUCCCAGUCAGCGAUCGGCCAAUUCAUCGCUGACCAGUGCGCAGAGCAAUUGCCGUUGCACAAAUAGUUUAAGAAUGUACACAGAGAGGGAUAGACUUAUAUUAACAUCAGAGCAGCAGCAGCAGCAGCAACAACAGCAGCAAUCACAGCAGCAAUCACAGCAGCAACAGCAACAGCAACGGCAGCAACAACCACAACAAGAACGACAGCAAUGCCAGCAACCAGACAACCAAAUGGAAGAGCCUGCGGGCCGUUAUGGCCUAUUAUUGCUCAUUGCGGCGCAUUAAGAGGAACGGUGCUUUUACAGCUUUUACAUACAGUACAAGAACCCAACUAACUAAGCUAAACUCUAACUAAUCUAACUAAUCAAGCAACUAUCUAACGUUAUGUACUACUACUACUACUACUACUACUACUACUGCCUUG